AUGGCUUCAGCUGUUGGACAGGAUCCUGGUCAUGCUGAUGCUACAGAUCGGGGCAAUGCUUUACCUACCACUGGCUCCACACCAAUGGCUACAGGCUCACCGCGGGUAUCAACCACUCCACCGGUCAGGGCUAUUGUCACACCAGAUGCCUCUACCAGACAGUCGGCCACGGCUGUCUCGGCGAACGCCAGAGGCCGCACUUCUGCUACUUUUGAAGAUGAGGCCACGGAUGGCAAGCGGAAGACCACUGAUCGGAAGCGUCGGCGAAAACCUGCUCGGGCGGACUCCAGUGACUCGCUGGCAAAUCCGGACCCUGAUCGAUACAUCCGCCUCUUGUCGGCGGACGGUCGAUUUGGCCAACUCAUGGCGAAGCGCGAUUCUGUCACCCCGGAACGGGCCAGAGUGUCUCGUUCGAGAUCGCUCUCGCUCACCCGAAGGCGUAGUGAUGCCCGGCGCCCCCGGGGAGUCACGGACAGCCCGGGAGCAGCAGCUGUCGCUUCGGCAAACCCUGCCAAUGCCACCUCCUCGACUACCGGUUCAUCCACCUCGACUUCGGCUAAGGAGAUGAAACUGAUGCAGGCGCGCCGUGCGUUUGAAGGCAGAGCUGCAACGGUGGUGAGCAAACAGCUGCUUUCCAUUCAGAAGGCGCCGGACCUCGACCCGAUCACAGCGGAGUAUGUUGAGCAGGUCAAAGAUUGCAUUCGUCAGGACGCACUGUGUAUCCAUGCGGUCAACUAUUUGGCUAAGUUGCUUAAGCGAGCCACGAAGGAAAAGGUACCAGUUGCAGAAAUGCGAGAACGCGUAUAUCAACUGAACCGAGAGGAGGCGGCGCUUGGCACUUUCCGCCUCAGUGACCCGCCCAUCGUGGAUGGCCGUCCUCCUGGGCGUCCUCCCGCUUCCGAGGCAAUGCCUGCCGAUGGGGCUCCUUCGGAUGCAGCUCCUGUUGAUGCCGCUCCAGCCACUACGCAGUCCCAACAGAUGGCAAAUAACGGGUCUGAUGCUCCUUGGGUGAGCCGCUGGCUGGCUGGUACACAACUAGGCGACCGCUUCGAGGUUGAGGAUUCGGGCUCCAAUGUCAUCUUGAUGCCUAUUGCAGGUGCUGGCGAUGCUACAAGAUACACUCUCCAAGAGUGUGUCCAAGCCUGGCAUAUGAAGCCUUCGCAACUCUGGGAGGGAAAAACAAGUCUUUAUUGCCUCAGUGAGUUUGAAACUCAUGUGUGCAUUGUGUUGCAACGCUUCCACGUUGGUGCCACCACGAUCAGCAAGAGCCACACUCCGGUGCAGGUGGAUUCUACAUGUGAGUUGCUGGUGUACCGAGCUGGAGCUGUUAUGUGGCAGCCUUUUCAUGUAUGUGCAGUGACUUAUCACAUUGGCGAGUUGCCAACCAGUGGUCACUACCGAAGCAUUCUUUACUUGAAUGAUGGGCUGCAGCUUGCAACUGAAGACAAAGUGAAAGCUAAGAAACUGAGUGCGAAGGAUCGUAGCUUAGGCAGUGCUGGUGCUUACAUUGUGUAUUUGUGGAGACCGCAACUCUCGCCCGCGUUUUCAAAGUCAAAAGUCAUCGGCUCCCGUGCACGGGAGAUUGCGCUCCCCGGCCCAUCUCCUGCCCCACUCCGAUCGCUCGAGUUCCCUGAUGGACUGCCCCACUUGUCCGGUCUCAACAUGGUCCGCGUCAACAAGGCCAAUCAGCUGUAUCACUUUACAUCCACCGUCUGUGCUGAAGCCCAUAGCCGAGGCCUCAUUAUCGCCGGCGCCGGCCCAAGUGGACGCGUCUCUGUCACAACCAUCCGGCCUUCCAUUCUUUGCGUCGAGUGUGCCCCGGAGGUGCUUGUGCUGCCCAACACUUGCCCUGGGGCCGUCACUUUCCUGCCCGAGCCUGAAGCCUCCGCUGUGCCGCCUCUGGUCCCAGAACAUAAAGCCGUGAUUGUCAUGCGUGGGCCGAGUGAUGCCACUGCCCUGCCCACCCUUCGAAGCCGCCUGCCCGUGCCUUGGGUUGACUCGCGUUUCGAGCCCAGUGAUCCAGUGUCGGCACACAGUCAAUUGCUCCAGCGGAUAAGAGGGGAAUGGUUUGCCAGGUGGACCAAACGCGCUGCCGAACUUUCGGGAGACGAGAAGAAGCUCAAGAGCUCUCUCCCCGAGUAUGCCAGGAAGAACAAACUCUCCCGAAGGGGGAUGUUUUCUUAUUUGAUUCGCCCGCCUCCUGCCUUGCGGCGUCUUCUGCUCCUCUGGCUCUGGGAGCGUCUUACACUUCGAGGCUGGCAGUCUGCUAUUUUGCGCCCUGACCCGCCAGCGCGCUUGGGUAUUCCUCAGUUCCUAGGAGCAGCCUCAGCCGGAGCCCACAUUUUGCUUGGCAUUGGUGUGGAUCGACUGUUUCCUUUGAGGGCUAGUUGCCGAGCUGUGAGCGCCCGCAUAGUCUGGGGUAUGGCGCGACCGCUCGACAGGCUGUUGCUUGCUGCAGACAAACAUGUGUCCAAGCAUUCCCUCAAGAUGCCCUGGGAACGCGGGGCGAUGAGAGCAGUGUUUUCGCAGAGCGACCUGAGUUCACUCUCCCAGUGCAGUGUGCCAGCUCCUCUGCAGACGGAGCCCCUGGAUUCCGCUUCUUUCGAGGAGGCAGCCGCCAAGGCUCGCCCCCAAGAGCAUGCUUCACAGUUUGUGCAGGUCGCUUUCUCUGCCAGGAAAUUUCAGAGGCCCCAAGAAACCGAAGAGCAACAGUUGCAGUUGCUUGCAGCGAGGUACGAUGUCCUCUUGAGCCACGCAUACGAAUGCUCUUCCCUUGGCAGACUGUUGAAGGACAAGUGCGAAGCAGAUCGGGUCGGUCUUGUUGCCGAAGCCCUGGGUGGCAAGGCCCUCUCGACUUUGAAGAAGCGGUUGUCCAGUCUCGCUCGCAUGGUGGGAUGGUGCUCGGACCAGGGCAUGUCAGCUUUUCCGAUCGCCUCUCAGGUGCUGAUCGAAUACACCCAGCAUUUGCAGCAGAGCGGUGCCUCGCAUUCUGUGUUUGGAUCUUGCAUCGAAGCUUGUAACUUCGCUAGAUUCAUUUUGGGUGUGGAAGCAAUUGGUGAUCCUCACAAGCACCCGCUUGUGCAAGGGCGCCUUCGCAAGGUGCGGUUCAACCGUCCGCCUCGUGUGCAAGCCAGGCCUUUUCAGGUUCGCGAGGUGGCAUACCUUGAAGCUUUCGUCCAGGACAGCCGCCGUGAUGCAAGGGACAGAUAUGCUGCAGGUGCUUGCUUGUUUUGUAUUCACUCGAGAGCCCGUGUAGGGGAUGUGAGGGCAGUCAAGAUGGUGACCAUCGAUUUUGCCGACGGUGAAGGUUUCCUUGAGUGCAUCUCAACGUCACACAAGUGUGCAUCGACAGGCAACCCGUUGGGGCUCGAGUUGAGCCUAGUGGCCCCAGAGCGGGGUGUGGGUCAAGGUCUUUGGGCUAAAGCUUGGGUUGAGGUGUGGCGCUUGUCGGGCCAUCCAGUCGCCACUGGAGCCUGCAGCCUGCCUCUGCUGCAGUCGCCUAUGCUCAAUGGGUCUUGGAGCGGUCGUCGGAUUCCGACGGGCAGGUUUGUGUCCUGGAUUUCUUCGAUCCUUAAGUCCGGGGAUGCGAGCAUGGGGGUUGACCUCAAAGGCCACUCGUGCAAGCAUACUGCCCUCUCGUGGGCAAGCAAGACGGACAUGUCCAAGGACACUUGCACAAUCUUGGGACAUCAUUCCUUGAAGGAUCGACGAUCGGUCGUUACAUACUCCAGGGACAUUCAGGCUGGACCGUUGCGGGAGUUGUGUCAAUUGUACUGUGACAUUCGGUGUGGCCGGUACCUCCCGGAUAUGACACGGUCGGGGCUUUAUGCAAAGGUCCUUGGCGCUGCUGAAACGGGCGAGGAGCUACCUGGUGACAGUGUGUUUGAGACUGAGGCUGAAAGAAACUGGUAUCGGCCGGCAGUCAGCCCUGGCUCAGCUUGCGAAUCGGAAGCUCUUCGUAGUGUGAGUGCUCCUGCCUCCGAGCCAGCUUUCGGCGAUCAAAAGGAUGCCAGCGACGACGACACUCCUUUUGGUCGUCCUGUGGACUCCUUGAUUCAUAGCGCGGAACGAGCUGCCUGGGAGGACCCCGAUGCUGCCCUUGAAGACGAUGGUCCCCAAGGUCAUGUGUCAGGAUCCUCUUCGUCUAGCGAGUCUAGUUCAGAUUCAGGCUCGUCUGACAGCGAGAUAGAUGAAGUUCUGACCGCGAGUCAGGCAGAUCCCCAAGUGGGGCAGAGGUACCAUGAUCGGUGCCCGGUCUAUCAGCAGAAGAGCACGAGGACUCUUCAUCUCAAGCCUGCGGGAAGCUCCACGGAGCGUUUCAUAUGUGGUCGUGACAUCACGGCGAACCACAAGCCGUUCACGUCGGCGGUUCAAGCAGCGCAUUGGCGCUGCAAGCAAUGCUGGAUCCGAUUUUGUGUCAUGGCUUCCAUCUUGAAGAGUCAAGCGGCUUUUGAGGAGAGGGCCAAAGAAUGCGGAUUGGCGCAAGCUGAGCUCGAUGUGCUUGUGCGUAAGGGGCUGACUUCUUUGUCGCUCCUUGCAUUCAGUGUUUCGACUCCGGGAGAAGUGCCGCAGGAAGCUGAGCUCAGGUCCAUCCUUGAUCCCACGGAUCCUACGACUGUGCCACUGCGUGCACUGUCGGCGCUGCGGCGCCUCAUGUUUGAAGCUCAAACCUUAUCCAUUGCCCAACUCAAGAGCUCGAUCGAGGGUGAAGGUGACCGGAAGGCGGAGCUGGCCCCUGCAGAGCGAGCAACUCGCCUGGCCGAUCAGCGUAAAAGACUCAUCGGUCUCAGCUUGACAGGUCCUUUGGAAAACGCCUUCAGCAAUUACGCUUAUGUUGCCCAGGUCGUUGAUCAGGAUUGCCUCUCCUACCUGGAGCCUCACAGGUUCCUGACCAGGGCCAUGGAGGUAAAUCGUGAGAAGCCGGGGAAGGAGUUGAUCUUAGAUGAGGGCUCGCGCAUGAGUAUCCGCGACAAAGCUCACAAGGACAAGUGUGGCAUUCAGAAUGAAUUACAGCUCUCUGAAGCCCUGUGUCGCAGGGCACUGUCCUGUGAUCUUUUGCAGCUCUGCACCUUUGCCAACAUGGACAUGUGGCACAGGCAUCUGCUUUCCAAGCUGUCGGAACAGCCGCCUCCUUAUUACGCCAAGGUUUCGAUGGAGCAGCUGCUCAGGUGCGACAAGGCGGCUUGGGUUCGUAUGAGUGAGCUCUUGACCACGUUAAAGAAAGACGAUGCAGGAAACCUUCCGAUGGAUACUGCUCUGGAUAAGCUUCAGUAUGAUCCAAAAAUCAUGAUGCAUUUGGCACCGCUUCCUGGGGCCAAGUGGAAAGGCGAUGGAAAAGGCGACAAGGGCACCAAACGCGAUGCCGACGGCAAGCCGAAGUUGCCUCACCGUCCCAACAAAGGUGCUGGCAAAGGGCUGGAUGUAAGUUUGCGAAAUGCGGUGAAAGCUGCAAACGGGGCUGCCGCUGCCGAGGCCGAUUCUCUUGUUGAUGAAGCGAUGAGCCCUUCGGUCUCGUCCCAUGCGGCAAAUCAUGAUUGCAUGUUGGCACAGAUCGACCCGGUUGGUCCGUUGGAACGUCCCAAGCCAGCCUCAUCAGUGCUUGAUCGAAUUCCGAAAGUUGUGAUUGAUGAGCGAGUUUUUCCCUUGCCCGCUGAGCGGCGAGUGCAUGCCUCUUUGCAUCCCGCAGAGCAAUUUGCGCAAGACGUGCUGUCGUCUGGUGAACCUGUGACAGCAGCUUGUGUUGAGCGCCUUUUCAAUUUGUUACCUGCUAGGUUGGAUGAGCGAUUUGGUUCGGAUUCUGGCAGAUCCUUUGUAGCAGGCGUUUUCCGGCAUGGGGGCGUCGUUGGCCUCACGAACACCUGCCGUUCGUUUCCCCAAUCAGUCAGCUUGGCCAUCACUUGGGCCAUGCAGCAAGCCGGGUCCAAGAUUUCAGUUUUCACAUUUUGCUCGAUUUCUUUGAACCUCAACGUUAAGACUGAAGUUCACCGCGACGUGAACAAUGAUGAUGCUGACAAUCUCGUGCUGGCUGUCACCAAUUUCUCAGGCGGACACAUCUGGGCCCAAUCCGAGUCCGGCAGCCACAUGCUGCCUGUCAAUGGGUCCUUGGUCCCUGGAGAAUUGUAUGACGUUGCAGCAGCCCCAGUGCGUUUCUAUGCACGAAAGCGCUUGCAUUGCACAAUGCCUUGGACGGGCGACAGGCUAGUCCUCAUCUUGUUCUCGGGCGGGGAUGCAACUCAGUUACCCAGCCUUGACUUUGAGUUGCAAAUGUCCCGUUGUCUCACUGGACCUCACGAAGCCAGGUCUGGCAUUUCUGUUGGAGCCAUGGAGUAUUUUGCUCCAUUGCUCACCCGUCGAUCCAUCAUGUGGCUUUCAGCGAAGGCCACUCGCCUUUUGCACACGGUGCCCUACCUGCAAAAGCUUGGUGUGACUUGUGACGGCCUGCCGCCUCUAUUGUGCAAGACUUUCGCCCAAGCACUUGUGGAUCAGCUACUUGCGUGCGGUGCGCGUGCCCCGGCGUCCUCUCUUGCAAAUGCUUCCCUGUCGCUCUCCAUGGGCCCGGCCGACCAGCUGCCGUGCACCUCAAAGACCAAGCUGGUGUUCCAAAUGCCUCCGAGCCAGCCCUUUGGUUCCACGGGGUCUGGCGCCUGCCUCGGCGUGCCAGCCGGCAUGUCAGCCUGUAUCGAUCGCUUGUGUGAGCACAGCUCGGUCAGUGUGGCGAGGGAACGAACGGCCGAACUUCGCAAGUGGAUGCUUAGGAAGAAAGAUCUUGAUGAGAGUUUUGAUGGACCCGCGCAUUGCAAGCAGAUUCUAGCUGGAAAACCCAUGAAACUCUUCGGGGAAAUGGUCGAGGCUGCCGGACAUGCUGAUGUGAACUUGGUACGAGAUAUACAUAACGGUUUCGACCUGCUUGGCGAGAUCCCUUCCUCGUCCGUCCUGCCGAAGAAAACCACAGUGGCAUCUCUCAGCAUCGAGGACGCUUGCAGGGAUCCUGAAAUCACUUCGGAAGUGUAUCGCCUUACCUUGGAGGAGCGGGAUAAAGGGUGGCUGACCGGCCCCUUCACUCUCGCCGAUGUGCCAGAGACUGCCAUCGUUACACGCCGUUUUGGCGUCAGGCAAGCUGUGACGACGACGGCCACCGGUGUGGCGGCUAAGAUCUGUCCUAUCGACGACUUCACAGAAAGCCUGGCUAACUUGUCGUGCACGUGUGCGGAAACCAUCGACCCGCAUUCAGUGAACAUCAUUGUUGCCGGGAUCUUGAAGCGGUGCAGGUCGCUACGGAAGUCCGGGAGGGACGCACGCUUGCUCCUUCGUACAAUAGAUCUACGAAAAGCCUAUAAGCAACUUCCUUUGUCGGAGCGGGCGAUCUGGGCAGUUGGACAAGCCCUGCUCCACAUCCACUGGUCCGUCUUCUUUGACGAUUAUGUGGUAGUGGCCUCGCCCGAGGAAAAGGGUCUGCUUAGGGUGCAAAACACAGAGGCUAGGAAGCGCGAGCUUGUGUCCACCAUCGAAUCCAUCGUGCAGCAAGGUGGAGCGCAUGCCAAAGAGCUUGAGUGCCUGCGGGGCCGUCUUCAGUUUGCCGAGUCGCAGGUGUUUGGUCGGGGUGCGGCCCAACGCAUGCGAGCUAUAUCAAAGGCAAUGAAGCUUUCAGGUUUUGUGGCUCUUGACGACUCCUUGACCGAGGCCCUGCUUUUCUUGAAAGAUCGAGUUUUGCACGGGGAAGCAAGGAUGAUCAGGGCCUGUGAUCGUCCCACCUACCACUUGUUCACGGACGCUUCCUAUGAGGCGGAUGUGCCAGCAGGUCUAGGGGGCAUCCUUUAUAGUGAUGGGGGUUUGCUUCUUAGGUGGUACUCUGAGUCUGUCGACACGGACGUUUUAGAGGCCAUUAACAAGGAAGGCAAGAAAGGUCUGAUCUACGAGUUGGAGGCUUGUGCUGCAGUGCAGGGUGUGGUGCAACUUUGCAAUUCCUUGAGUGACUGCAACCUCAUUUGCUAUUGCGACAAUGAAGCCGCCCUCGCGGCUCUCAUCAAGUGUGCUUCCGAAUCCCCGGUGGUGGCAUCGCAGCUCAACAAGCUCAGCAUGCUUGAGGAUGAGAAAGGAAUUAGUGUAUGGCGAAGAGCUGUUGUUCUAGCGGCAUCUGAUCUUGAAUGGGGAGUGGCAUCAUCUGCCUUUCACUUGCAGGAUGUUUUCACUUGCGGGAACGUGCCGGAAAUCCCGAUGCAGGCCCGGCAAAAGGUCUUGGAAGCGAUCAAAUCUCAAGGGCACCUAGAUGAGAGGUUUGCGAUCGAACAAUCGGGGAAGAUCCGCUUAAUAGAUGACCUCAGUGAUAGCGGUGUUAAUGGGUCUGUUCAAACCACCGAGAGCCCCAAACCUCAAUCCCUUGACGUGGUGGCCGCCAUGGCCUUGGCGUGCCUCAGACAGCUACCUGGGAUCCCCAUGCUGGGGAAAACGUACGACCUGCAGAGCGCCUACAGGCAAAUGUUCAUCUCUCCAGAUGACCUCAAGGAAGCGUACAUUGCCUACUUCAGCCACCGCGAGCGCAGAGUGAUCAUACGGCAGAUGCUAGCGCUCCCGUUUGGGGCGACCAGGGCAGUAUUUUCCUACUUGCGAGUGGCACACUCAAUGUGGUACAUCGGGUGUUGGGCAUUGAAGGUGAUAUGGUCACACUUCUUCGACGACUACAUAAGAGAAGUUCUUUUCCAUAACACGGAAAAGCGCAUCUUGGAAGUUGCUUCUACGCUGCGCCGUGCAGUUGAUGACCCGACCCUCACCCAGAAGGAUCUAUCACGCAUUCGGGGCCGCAUGGUCUUUGCAGGGGGCCAGCUUUUCGGAAGGGCCGGCCGGUUAUGCGUAUCCGCCCUCGCGGGUGAAAGCUGCUCGACAAAAGCAAACCUCAGCGAUGAUGCAAAGCAAGCUAUGCUUCAGUUUGCCGACCUGCUUGAAGCCAACUGGCCGCACGUGCUGAGAGAUGUGUCGGCGGAGCCUAUGUACAUCUUCACUGAUGCUUCGUAUUCCGAAAAGGAUGGAGGUACCUUUUGCGGCAUAGGCGGAGUCUGCUUCGACCACAAAGGCCACCCCCUGGGAUUGUUCUCCCAGGAGUUGUCUGUCUUUCAGAAGUGCCUUCUAGGAGAGGGCAAGUCCAGGACCAUCAUUUUCGAGGCAGAACUUGCCACAAUAGCGUUCUUCAGAGUCACAAAAGAUUUUCAUGGUAGCGGAGCACUGGGAAAGCCCGGCUGUGAAAGCUUCUCUGGCGUUCAGGGUCCUUUCGGUGCACUGUCGGCGCUGCGGCGCCUCAUGUUUGAAGCUCAAACCUUAUCCAUUGCCCAACUCAAGAGCUCGAUCGAGGGUGAAGGUGACCGGAAGGCGGAGCUGGCCCCUGCAGAGCGAGCAACUCGCCUGGCCGAUCAGCGUAAAAGACUCAUCGGUCUCAGCUUGACAGGUCCUUUGGAAAACGCCUUCAGCAAUUACGCUUAUGUUGCCCAGGUCGUUGAUCAGGAUUGCCUCUCCUACCUGGAGCCUCACAGGUUCCUGACCAGGGCCAUGGAGGUAAAUCGUGAGAAGCCGGGGAAGGAGUUGAUCUUAGAUGAGGGCUCGCGCAUGAGUAUCCGCGACAAAGCUCACAAGGACAAGUGUGGCAUUCAGAAUGAAUUACAGCUCUCUGAAGCCCUGUGUCGCAGGGCACUGUCCUGUGAUCUUUUGCAGCUCUGCACCUUUGCCAACAUGGACAUGUGGCACAGGCAUCUGCUUUCCAAGCUGUCGGAACAGCCGCCUCCUUAUUACGCCAAGGUUUCGAUGGAGCAGCUGCUCAGGUGCGACAAGGCGGCUUGGGUUCGUAUGAGUGAGCUCUUGACCACGUUAAAGAAAGACGAUGCAGGAAACCUUCCGAUGGAUACUGCUCUGGAUAAGCUUCAGUAUGAUCCAAAAAUCAUGAUGCAUUUGGCACCGCUUCCUGGGGCCAAGUGGAAAGGCGAUGGAAAAGGCGACAAGGGCACCAAACGCGAUGCCGACGGCAAGCCGAAGUUGCCUCACCGUCCCAACAAAGGUGCUGGCAAAGGGCUGGAUGUAAGUUUGCGAAAUGCGGUGAAAGCUGCAAACGGGGCUGCCGCUGCCGAGGCCGAUUCUCUUGUUGAUGAAGCGAUGAGCCCUUCGGUCUCGUCCCAUGCGGCAAAUCAUGAUUGCAUGUUGGCACAGAUCGACCCGGUUGGUCCGUUGGAACGUCCCAAGCCAGCCUCAUCAGUGCUUGAUCGAAUUCCGAAAGUUGUGAUUGAUGAGCGAGUUUUUCCCUUGCCCGCUGAGCGGCGAGUGCAUGCCUCUUUGCAUCCCGCAGAGCAAUUUGCGCAAGACGUGCUGUCGUCUGGUGAACCUGUGACAGCAGCUUGUGUUGAGCGCCUUUUCAAUUUGUUACCUGCUAGGUUGGAUGAGCGAUUUGGUUCGGAUUCUGGCAGAUCCUUUGUAGCAGGCGUUUUCCGGCAUGGGGGCGUCGUUGGCCUCACGAACACCUGCCGUUCGUUUCCCCAAUCAGUCAGCUUGGCCAUCACUUGGGCCAUGCAGCAAGCCGGGUCCAAGAUUUCAGUUUUCACAUUUUGCUCGAUUUCUUUGAACCUCAACGUUAAGACUGAAGUUCACCGCGACGUGAACAAUGAUGAUGCUGACAAUCUCGUGCUGGCUGUCACCAAUUUCUCAGGCGGACACAUCUGGGCCCAAUCCGAGUCCGGCAGCCACAUGCUGCCUGUCAAUGGGUCCUUGGUCCCUGGAGAAUUGUAUGACGUUGCAGCAGCCCCAGUGCGUUUCUAUGCACGAAAGCGCUUGCAUUGCACAAUGCCUUGGACGGGCGACAGGCUAGUCCUCAUCUUGUUCUCGGGCGGGGAUGCCUUCGGUCUCAGCGUCCACGGCCUGCCCGCCGUUGGCGUAUGUUCCACCGCCUGCCGGAGCUCUUGA